GGGAUGCCCUAGAUGUCCUUAUUAGGGCAUAAGCCUCCAGAGGGCGUGCCCAGUACAAGCGCCAGCUGCUGGCUCCUUAUAAGGCUGCUUAAAGAAGGAGGCGGGUGCGGAAAACUAGACUGAGAAGAGGGUCUGCGAAUUGGGCUCCCGGUGACUUCCGGCAUGACAGCUAAAGACUGUGCGUUGUUCCAAACCCUAAAGGGACCACUGUGCUCUAUUGAGCCUUCUGUUCCUCAGCCUGAGACAUCCCUCCCCCAGCAAGAUUCCCACCUUCAUCCUCCCUGAGACUCGUCACUUUUAAUGAGCCACAAAAGUGAAGUUUCUGCUAGCUUCCCCAGGAUCCAACCAUGUGCCCACGUUCGAACUCCCCACCUGCCAGGAUACACCUUUUAUUCCUCCUGGCAAGGGAGGAAUGAACUACACACCCUCGCAAUUCACCUAGCCUGAGCCUUCUGUGCAAAUCCCCGACUUGGCACAUUUCGAGAUCUUUCUGCUUCUCCUGCCUUACCUUUAUUUCAUCCCUUGUACCCCUUCAUAGAUGUCUCUCUCACAAAUAUUCUUGGACUUGUGUCCCUCUCCUCCACUUUUCUCAAGCCCUCCUUUUCCAGCCUCUUCUAGGAUACUGAACCUGAAAUAGCCUUGAGACCUUGAAGCAAGCCAAGUGCAGGUUUCUGAUUGCCCCACUCAACCAGACCUCCCAGUCACAGGGGGCGCUGUCUGCCCUUUUAACAGUCAGCACAAAAUAGCCGAGUCUGCUCUCGAAUUUUUGGGUGAGAGGAAAGGGUGGGUCAAAGCUCCGUGGCCUGGGUGGGGCCUAUCCAAAAGGCUGGUGCUGGGGGCGAAUGGGGGCGGUUCUAAGGGAAAGGUGGUGCGUACCGUACUACCCUCUUUCUGCAUAGUACAAGGGGAAGGGAGGUCAUUCCUUGAGCUAGUUCCCUGCUAGGCUGGAGAGGUUCUACCCUCAAACAAGUGUUCUUAUACCAACUGAGCUGUCGAGAUCCUAGUCUCAGGGGGGUUUUGAGACUCCGAAAGAGCCAGUCUAGAUCUUAUGGCGGAGCCGGUCCGCUUGGGCCGGAAGCGUCCGCUGCCUGUUUGCCCCAACCCGCUCUUCGUUCGUUGGCUGACCGAGUGGCGGGACGAGGCAGCCAGCAGAGGGCGCCACACGCGCUUUGUGUUUCAAAAGGCACUGCGCUCCCUCCAGCGGUACCCGCUACCACUGCGCAGCGGGAAGGAAGCCAAGAUACUCCAGCACUUCGGAGACAGGCUCUGCCGCAUGCUGGACGAAAAGCUGAAGCAGCACCUAGCAUCGGGCGGUGACCAUGCCCUGAACUCACCAUCUGGAAAGAAUAGAGCCAGCCAAGGGCUAUCUGCUCAAGUCCAGGACUCUUCCAUGCCAGUUCCCACCCAGCCUCAAGCAGGACGCACCAGUGCUGGCUAUUGGCCAGCUCAGAACUCAGGUGCUCGAGAGAUCCUGCUGCAGCUCUUCAGGGAACACCUGAAUUCUGAUGGCCACAGCUUCCUAACCAAAGACGAGUUGCUGCAGAAGUGUGCCCAGAAGACCUCCCAGGUAGUACCUGGGAGUUCGAGACCCUGGCCUGCCCUCCGAGGCCUCCUCCAUAGGAACCUAGUCCUCAGAACACAUCGGCCAGCCAGGUAUGCACUGACACCUGAGGGCCUGGAGCUGGCCCAGAAGCUGGCCGAGGCAGAAGGCCUGAGCACUCUGAACACUGGCUUUAGGCCAGAGGAGCAUCAUGGAGAAGAGUCAGCAGUUCCAGAAGCCACCUUGUCAGAACCUGGCACUUCCGAGGGGGGCGUCCAGCAGAGACCACUGGAGCUAAGGCCUGGAGAGUACAGAGUGCUGUUGUGUGUGGACAUUGGUGAGACCAGAGGGGCAGGACACAGACCAGAAAUGCUCCGAGAGUUACAAAGACUGCAUGUGCCCCACACUGUACGCAAGUUGCACGUUGGAGACUUUGUGUGGGUGGCACAGGAGACCAGUCCCAGAGACCCAGAAAGACCUGGGGAGUUAGUCCUAGACCACAUUGUGGAACGCAAGCGGCUAGAUGACCUGUGCAGCAGUAUCAUUGAUGGCCGCUUUCGCGAGCAGAAGUUCCGCCUGAAGCGCUGUGGCCUGGGGCGCCGGGUAUACUUGGUGGAGGAACAUGGGUCUGUCCACCUUAGCCUUCCUGAGAGUACAUUGCUGCAGGCUGUCACAAACACCCAGGUCAUUGAUGGCUUUUUUGUGAAGCGCACCAUGGAUAUUAAGGAGUCAGCUGGCUACCUGGCACUUCUCACAAAGGGCCUGGAAAGAAUGUACCAGGGCCACACCCUACGCAGCCACCCUUGGGGAACCCCAGGGGAUGCUGGAUCAGAAGCAAAGCCUUCUACAAAUCCUCUCUGCUCACUCCUCACCUUCAGUGACUUCAAUGCAGAGGCUGUCAAGAAUAAGGCCCAGUCUGUGCGAGAAGUAUUUGCCCGGCAGCUGAUGCACGUGCGUGGACUGAGUGGGGAGAAGGCAGCAGCCCUGGUGGAUCGAUACAGCACCCCUGCCAGACUCCUGGCUGCCUAUGAUGCCUGUGCCACCACAAAGGAGCAGGAGACGCUGCUGAGCACUGUCAAGUGUGGGCGUCUGCAGAGAAAUCUGGGACCUGCUCUGAGCAGGACCCUGUACCAGCUCUACUGCAGCCAAAGCCCUCUGACCUGAGCCAUACCAGGAGACUCUCCCCAGCACCCAUUGUCGUCUCUACCAAGGCUGGCUAGCCUUUUAACUGAGAUCCUCUGGGAUUUAAUAAAAAUCUAACUGUGUGUGGUCUCAGGAACUGGAAGACUACACCGCUGAUCCAACUGUUUUGUAGUGCUAGCGGUGGGGCCCAUAGGCUCACACGCUAGGUAAUUCCUCGACCACACAGCAGUGAUCUGAAGCCUUGUACAGUGUUUCCUACCCACUCCUAAAACCUGCUUGGCUUAGAACUUGCUAUGUAACCCAGGCUGGCCUAGGACUCUCAAGUUUUCUGGGCCCACCUUCCAAGUCCUGGAAUUAAAGGUGUGGGCCACUA